UGUCCGUGGUCAGAGCGGCUCGGACGCGUGAGUUAUUCUGACGGAUUUCCCUGUGCACCCGAGUGUUGUGCGUUUCACGGUAGUCGAGUCCAACGGACGCACGGCAGUCUACAGGUUCGAGGCAGCAGGCGGCGAGACUUCGCCAGCACCGCUCUUGACCAUCAACGGCCGCAUGACUACCACCGUAGCCGAUGCAAUGGUUGGCUCUGCUUCCGCUGGUGCCGACGCUGACGACGUAGGGGUGCCGUCAGGCAGCGGAGGAGGGUGGGUGGAGGGGGUGGACUCCGUGAAAGAGGCAAGCGACAGGCUGGUGAGCUUCGUGGCUGACGUCCUGGCGCGGUACGGAUGGACUGCGAUUUUUCUCGUGAUCGUGUGGUACAACUGCAAGGACGCCGUCAAGAGGCGUUAUUGGAAAUGGCGAAAUAAGAGAUCGCUGGACGACGCCAACAGGCCAGACCGACGGGCCGUGCUAGAUCGCGAGAGGGCGAGGUCGGUAGCAGAGAAGCAGGCGCAGGCGCUGGAAGAUGCCAGGGCGGCAGCGGAAAGAAAUACGCAGCAGAAGAUGCAGAGCUACGCGAGAACGACCACAAGCACAAAGGACGACUAGAAUACCACCAUCUGGAGCUACAAGGGCUGCGUUCGAGCUGAGGACAGUCUGAAACCAUGAUAUGGGAUCGGAUCGGAUCGGAUCGGACAACUGUGACAUGUUCCCACCAGAGAAGGAAGAGGUACUGCGUGGUGUCUUGGAGCCUCAGCCGAAUAUGUCGCCGCCCCCCCUUGUACUUUUCGAAUUGGUUGGUGAGUUUGGCAUCUUGUACACGGCAGCCGAAUCGCUGCCAAGUUAUGAGGGGCUUGCGCACACCAGGAAAAGGGUAGUCUGUCUCUUGUUGCAUCAAGGUUGAUGUUGAGUGUUGAUCAAAGCGAAACACGUUCUCUGGCUCUUUUGUUCUGCUUGUAUUUGGGGAAGACAUAUACCAUGUAGACGGUAGAAAACAGGAAAAAGCGAGGGGGGAUAUUUGGCAUACCGAUGCGUGUCCCAUGUGUGUGCAAGCUGCGUGGCUGAUCGCUCAGAAGAUGUGUGCGUUCAGAAGAAGCAGCCACCACUUGAAGGUAAUUGGCUCUUGUUGCCUGGGUCCUUUCUUGUGUUUCUUUUAUUUUCUGUGAAGUAAGCCAUCAUUUAGCAGCACCAUCAGUAUUUUUAUGUAGGGUUGUCAAAGUAACACCUGUUUCCCAUGGCGAACUUCGGAAGUCACGAGGGCUUUCUGAAACUGAGUGCUUAACUCUCAGGUUCUCAGGUGGUGGUGGCAUGGCGCAUUCUUUUGUACGCGUAUGUAGCGAUCUGAGCACCCGGGCCCCAUGUGGUUUUAUCGAAUAAUGGUGAACUUUUGGGUGAACAGGCGUCGAAAGAAAAUAGGGGAGGCAAGAGUGAUCUACGCUAGGCAUGCAUGCUGUGUGCAAACGAGGUUUCCAUAACUAAUUGUAAGCGUCAACGUCGGCGGGCCUUUCUUAUUCAGGGAACAUGCGGUACACAUAGCCUCGAACCAACAACCUGAAUAGGAAGGAUUUCACAACCUUCUUGUCCGUUGGUGGGGGAGGCACAGAGGUGGAAACCACGAUGAAGGAGGCAAGAAAGUCAAUACCCGUGUAAUAUACCUUCUCUUCGAUUGAUCGAUGAUGGGGAGGGAAGCGUGUGCGGGCAUUCGUCGACGCGACCAUCGGAUCGUGAUCAGUAGAAGAACCGCCUUAGGUUUGAGCCAAACAUACACGAGCGACGCCGUGCGAUACGCGCUGUGUGUUGCGUGAUUUAACUCCGU